GGCCGUCGUGCGAUUCAAAAGAAUUUCUUUCAUAACAAUUUUAUUCAAAAAUGCGGUAAGUUGGACGUGAUGGCCUGUUUUGGAUUCGCAAGCUUUGCUUCUUGUUGUGUUUUGGUCAGCCUGAUUCAGCAAACCGUGGCACCGCCGUCUCCCAUUAUUGAGGCCUAUAAACCCACCACCGUAGAGCCAACAACAGGUUUUCAAGAAGGAAAUCAGGGAUUUGGAGGUCUGGACAAUCUACGUACGAUGCUAACAAGACUUGAACACAAGAUUGACGAUUUCAAUAUGCGAAGAAGGUUUAUGGAAGCUCAAAUGAAGGCCCCAAAUGGUCUUUUUGCCAGCAGAAUGGAAGCAGCCUUGGACUACACGAACCCUGGAACACCAUCAACCGUGUAUCACAAUCAGAAAAUCGUGUCUGUCAAUGGAAUGUUCUUGCAGAUCUUCCCAGAUGGAACAGCGAAUGGAACUAGAGAUGACACCAGCCCUUACACCUCUCUCUCCGUGGAAAUGGUUGGGGUGGGCGAAACGGUGAAGAUAAUGAUUAAAGGAGAAAAAAGUAAGAAGUAUUUGACGUGUACCAAAAACGGGAAAAAAUUCCAUGCUAUGACUAAGAAGUCCUCGAAUGGGGUAUUUUUAAUUCCUCAGCCACCAAAGCCUAAGGACACGCGUAAGAUAACGCAACGCUCACUAUAUUGGAAUACAAAGAAAUACAUGAACCUUAAAUGUGAAAAGUACGGUUGGUUCCUGGCGUUUCGUCACAAUGCUCAAUUGAAGAAAGGUCGUCGAUCCAGUGGAAGGAAAUUAGAUUCCUGGUUCAUGUUGUUAUCGGGUGUAUAAUGACAGUUAUGUCGUAUCGACGAAACAAUACCUCGUGGAAGAGUAUCAAAAACAUGGUAUACAUCCUCAGUGCUGAUUCAAAAUUUAAGUUAAUUGAUAAACACGCACAAGAAACUACACAAAAUUGCGUAAAUGUACAGUUUGAGUAAACGUGUGCCGCAUCACAUAAACAAUAUUAAUAUAUAGGAUAGAAUGCUGGGUAAAUUGUUAUACAUAUAUAUAGAUACUGAAGCUAAUAUAAACGUUUUAAGUUAAGACAAAUGCAUAUAUCGUUAGAAACCUCGCGAAUAUAGCACAACAUGCAGGUUGAGUUUCGCCAUGAAAGUGUUGAUGAAAUUACGAGAUGGGCGUUUCCAAUAUAUUUUUAAAGUAAAAUUAAUUAUUAAAUGCAGGAUCUUUUUAGCAAUGCCAAAUCUUUGCACCCGAAUGCACUUUUCAGUUAUUUUUUGACGGAAUACUUUGAUUAGAUCCCGAGGGCAUUAAAUUUAACGAGUGCGAUUCAGAAAAUCUCUGAGUAGCUAUAUGCUUGAUUUCGUGUCAAAAAAACACAAACCCUAAUAUUCUAAGAAUAGUUGGAAAUAUCUCUAUAGUUUCCUAAUGAUACAUAAUCAUUUGAACGCAGAUUUUUCUUUACUAAGUAAAUCAAAUUAAGAUGUAUAUUUAUAUAUUAUUUAAUAGAAUGUAAUGUAGUAUAAUACAAAAUGUAAUUUAUGACAUAGUAACCCAGCAAAUAAUGUUAUCUCUAUAGAAAUCAUAUUUGUAAACGCGGUGUUUAAUGGUUUGAGUCUCACAGUUACAGCAAGUAAAGUGCCGAUUGCCUCGGAGUAUUGCAUUAUAAAACUGCAUGCCCAGAAUAUUACGUAAAAUGCUAAGCCUAUAACGUAUCUAUCACAUGUAUUACGUAUUGCAAUCUCUUAAAAAUCAUUUACGUAAGUCAACUUUACAGCAUUAGCUAUUAAACAAUUAAUGCUUCAGUAUUGAUGAUCCAAGAUAAUCAAAGAUCACUUACUAUCGAUAAUUGAUCUCAUGAACUAAUUAUGAAUAACAUAAUUAAUAAAAAUUUGUAAUAUAAUAACAUUACGUAUCAAUUGUUUGCAUGCUCCUAUUUACACGAAAAGAACCACUAAAAUAUUUAUAACGUACUUAUACAUACGAGCCAGGAGGCUAUAUCAGGAAUUUAUAACGGGUGUAAAGUCGCUAUCAACUGUACAUUUAAAUACAAUGUAAAGGAAAGUGUAUAUAUAUAUGUAUUAUAUAUAAGCUUUUGUUGAUUUUGUUGCAUGGUAAUAUGAAAUAUAUUGAUUUA